AUCCGCUCACGCUUCUAGCGUUAGCGAUCGAGUCCGAGGGUGGCGCAGCCUCGACCGCCCUCGUCGACGCGACCUCGGACCCGCCGCGCGAGAUGACGCUCCCUCAGCUGAUCAGCGCUGCUUCGCGUCUGGCGGAUCGCAUCGCCGGCGCCCUGGCGCGUGGUGCGGGUGCUCCGGAGGCCACGCCGAGCGGCGGCCAGCCGGUCGACCCUCCGUUUGUGGCCGUGGUCGCGGCGGAUGGUCCUCUCGUCGUGAUCGGCCCGCUCGCCGCACUCCUCGCCGGGUGCGCGUUUGUGCUCUGCGACCCCGCCUCGCCCGCCGAGCGGCUGAGGCACGUGCUGCACGACACCGCCGCCGCCGCCGCUCUCGUGCCGCCCGUCGCCACGCUGCCGGCCCGGUCUCUGCCUGAGGCUGUUGCGGCCGUCCGACGCGCCGCCGGUGGGAAAGUGGCGGUGAUCGAGGCGGACGCCGGCGAGAUGCUGCUCGGGGGGGAGGGAGGAGGGGCGGGAGGCAGAGGGGCGGGAGGCGGGGGGUCGGAGGGUUGGGCGUCCCGCCUUCGCGCUGCGGCAGACGGGCCUCGCCUCGCGUACGUCUGCUACACGUCUGGCUCGACCGGCGAACCGAAGGGCUGUGCGGUUGAGCGGCGCGCUCUCGCCGCCUACGCUGUCGCAAACGCGGCGGCGCACGGCGUGGCGCGAGGCUGCCGUGUGCUGCUCGCUUCCGCCGUCUCCUUCGACCCUUCGAUUGGCGAGGCCUUCACCGCGCUGUGUGCGGGCGCGGCGCUGGUGCUUCCGCCGCUGCGCGAGGUGCGGGGGUCGGUGCACACCGCCCUCGCCCGCACCUCCUCCACGCACGUCACCACCACCCCCGCCGUCUGGGGCGCGGUGCCGCUCUCCGCCGCGCCAACGCUGCUCGCCUCGCUGAGGUGCGUCGCGCUCGGCGGCGAACCGAUGCCGCCGCAGAUGCUCGCCGCAUGGGCGGCCGAGGUGCCUCUCUACAACGUCUACGGCGUCACUGAGUGCACAGUCUACCAGGCCUCCCGCCGCGUCGCACCGCCGCCUCUCGCGCCAGGCGGCAGCGCCGACCUGGGCGCUGCGGCGGCCGAGGCGCGGCUGAGUCUUGGCCAAUCUCAUCUCGGGCAACCUCAUCUCGGGCUGCUGCUGGGCGUGCGCGCCGCAUCUCUCGCUCCGCCUCCUCCACCACCACAGCCACGCGCAGUCGCACGCCGCGAGGCGGCCGACCAGGCAGACUACGGCACGAUCCAGGGCCCCUUCGCGCCGGUCGAGCUGCCGCGCCGGCCGCCGGUCGAGCUGCUGCGCCGGCCGUCGUUGCGCCGGUACUGUUCCUUUCUCGCCGCGGCGGGCGUGCGGGCGCCGAGCGAGGACGGCGUGGCGACGGAGGGUGACUCAAGCGGGUCGCAGGCGGAGGCGGAGGCGGAGGCGGAGGCGGAGGCGGAGGCGGAGGCGGAGGAGGAGGAGGAGGAGGAGGCGAUCGGGUUGGCCGAGGCGGCGGCCGAGGCGGAGGAGGAGACGGCUUUGGCAGAGCUAGCGGGCGAGGCUGCUCACGGAGGCGAGGCGGCGGCGCAGGCUCUGCUGCAGCGCGCGAUGGCGGCGGCCGCUCGCCACGGUAGCGACAGCGUGGUGGCCUCUUGCUUGGCCAUGGGAGCUCAGCCCGCGCCGCGAGCGAACAACAAGUUCAUCAACCGGUUGGCACGCGGCGGCGGCGGAGCGCCGUCGGCGCUCCACGAGGCGGCGCGUGCCGGCCACGCCGCCGUCGUCCGCCGUUUGCUGCACGCCGGCGCGCCGCCGACGCUGGUGACAGCCGCCGGCGACUCGCCGCUGCACGUCGCGUGCGCGUCCGCGGCGGGCUUGCCGGCGAUCGCGCCGCUGCUCGAGGCGGGCGCGCCGCUGGCGAUGCGUGACGGGCGGCGCCAGUCGGCGCUGCACAUCGCGUCACGCGCCGGCCACACGCAGGCGGCGCUGCUCGCCGCGGCGACGCCGGCCGCGGGCUGGCCCGCGCACAAGGAGCCGUUCACGGAGCUCCGCGACCGCUGGCACCGGACGGCGCUGAGUUGGGCGGUCGUCAACGGCCACGUGCGCACCGCCACUGCGCUGGUCGCCGCCGGAGCCGCCGUCAACGGCGUGCGUUCGGCCACGAGCGGCAAGCCGAUGCGGGCGAGCCGGCACGCCAAGGCCACGACGCUGCCGCUCGAGACGCCGCUGCACGCGGCGGCACGGCUGCCUCUCGCCACCGCCGUGCCGAUGACGAGGCUCCUGCUCGAGGCGGGCGCCGACCCUGCGCUCUGCGACCAGUUUGGGCGAGCUGCGACCCGGCUCAUGCCCGCUGAGCUCGCGGCUGAGCUUGGCCGCUUGGGGCUCGGUUGCGGGGACGAGAGGCAGGCGGUGUGUGCAACGUAG